AUGGCUGUGGAACAUGGAAAGGGAGUGUUGACAUUUAGGGAUGUGGCCGUAGAAUUCUCUCUGGAGGAGUGGCAAUGCCUGGACACUGCACAGCAGAAUUUAUAUAGGAAUGUGAUGUUAGAGAACUACAGAAACCUGGUCUUCCUGGUUGUAUGUCCUUAUUUUGCCCAAGACCUUUGGCCAAAGCAGGGCAUAAAAAAUUAUAUCCAAAAAGUGAUACUGAGAAGAUAUAAAAAAUGUGGACAUGAAAAUUUACAGCUAAGAAAAUACUGUAAAAGCGUGGAUGAGUGUAAGGUGCGCGAAGAAUGUUACAAUGGACUUAGCCAGUGUUUGACAACUGCCCAGAACAAAAUAUUUCAAUGUGACAAAUACAUGAAAGUCUUUCAUAAAUUUUCAAAUUCAGACAGACAUAAGAUAAAACAUACUGGAAAGAAAGCUUUCCAACGUAAAGAAUGUGAAAAGUCAUUUUGUGUGCUUUCACACUUAGCUCAACAUGAAAGAAUUCAUACUGGAGAGAAACCCUACAAAUGUAAAGAAUGUGGGAAAGCCUACAAUGAGGCCUCAAACCUUUCUACACAUAAAAGAAUUCGUACUGGAAAGAAACCCUGCAAAUGUGAAGAGUGUGGAAAAGCCUUUAACCGGCUUUCACACCUUACUACACAUAAGAUAAUUCACACUGGAAAGAAACCCUACAAAUGUGAGGAGUGUGCCAAAGCUUUUAACCAGUCUGCAAACCUUACUACACAUAAGAUAAUUCAUACUGGAGAGAAACCCUACAAAUGUGAGGAAUAUGGCAAAACUUUUAGCCAGUCCUCAACCCUUACUACACAUAAGAGAAUUCAUAGUGGAGAGAAACCCUACAAAUGUGAAGAAUGUGGCAAAGCUUUUAACAAUUCCUCAGCCCUUACUAUACAUAAGAGAAUUCAUACUGGAGAGAAACCCUACAAAUGUGAGGAAUGUGGCAAAGCUUUUUGCGGGUCCUCAACCCUUACUACACAUAAGAGAAUUCAUACUGGAGAGAAACCCUACAAAUGUGAGGAAUAUGGCAAAGCUUUUAACAAUUCCUCAGCCCUUACUAUACAUAAGAGAAUUCAUACUGGAGAGAAACCCUACAAAUGUGAGGAAUGUGGCAAAGCUUUUUGCGGGUCCUCAACCCUUACUACACAUAAGAGAAUUCAUACUGGAGAGAAACCCUACAAAUGUGAAGAAUGUGGCAAAGCCUUUAACCAGUCCUCACACCUUACUACACAUAAGAGAAUUCAUACUGGAGAGAAGCCCUACAAAUGUGAAGAAUGUGGCAAAGCUUUUAGCCAGUCCUCAACCCUUACUACACAUAAGAGAAUUCAUACUGGAGAGAAACCCUACAAAUGUGAGGAAUAUGGCAAAACUUUUAGCAAGUCCUCAACCCUUACUACACAUAAGAGAAUUCAUGCUGGAGAGAAACCCUACAAAUGUGAAGAAUGUGGCAAAGCUUUUAGCAAGUCCUCAACCCUUACUACACAUAAGAGAAUUCAUACUGGAGAGAAACCCUACAAAUGUGAGGAAUGUGGCAAAACAUUUAGCAAGUCCUCAACCCUUACUACACAUAAGAGAAUUCAUAGUGGAGAGAAACCCUACAAAUGUGAAGAAUGUGGCAAAGCUUUUAGCAAGUCCUCAACCCUUACUACACAUAAGAGAAUUCAAGCUGGAGAGAAACCCUACAAAUGUGAGGAAUAUGGCAAAGCUUUUAGCCAGUCCUCAACCCUUACUACACAUAAGAGAAUUGAAGCUGGAGAGAAAUCCUACAAAUGUGAAGAAUGUGGCAAAGCUUUUAACAAGUCCUCAACCCUUACUACACAUAAGAGAAUUCAUACUGGAGAGAAACCCUACAAAUGUGAAGAAUGUGGCAAAGCCUUUAACCAGUCCUCACACCUUACUACACAUAAGAGAAUUCAUACUGGAGAGAAGCCCUACAAAUGUGAAGAAUGUGGCAAAGCUUUUAGCCAGUCCUCAACCCUUACUACACAUAAGAGAAUUCAUACUGGAGAGAAACCCUACAAAUGUGAGGAAUAUGGCAAAACUUUUAGCCAGUCCUCAACCCUUAUUACACAUAAGAGAAUUCAUACUGGAGAGAAACUCUACAAAUGUGAAGAAUGUGGCAAAGCUUUUAACAAUUCCUCAACCCUUACUACACAUAAGAGAAUUCAUACUGGAGAGAAACCCUACAAAUGUGAGGAAUAUGGCAAAACUUUUAGCCAGUCCUCAACCCUUACUACAUAUAAGAGAAUUCAUACUGGAGAGAAACCCUACAAAUGUGAGGAAUAUGGCAAAACUUUUAGCCAGUCCUCAACCCUUACUACACAUAAGAGAAUUCAUGCUGGAGAGAAACCCUACAAAUGUGAAGAAUGUGGCAAAGCUUUUAGCAAGUCCUCAACCCUUACUACACAUAAGAGAAUUCAUACUGGAGAGAAACCCUACAAAUGUGAGGAAUGUGGCAAAACAUUUAGCAAGUCCUCAACCCUUACUACACAUAAGAGAAUUCAUAGUGGAGAGAAACCCUACAAAUGUGAAGAAUGUGGCAAAGCUUUUAGCAAGUCCUCAACCCUUACUACACAUAAGAGAAUUCAAGCUGGAGAGAAACCCUACAAAUGUGAGGAAUAUGGCAAAGCUUUUAGCCAGUCCUCAACCCUUACUACACAUAAGAGAAUUGAAGCUGGAGAGAAAUCCUACAAAUGUGAAAAAUGUGGCAAAGCUUUUAACAAGUCCUCAACCCUUACUACACAUAAGAGAAUUCAUACUGGAGAGAAACCCUACAAAUGCGAAGAAUGUGGCAAAGCUUUUAACAAUUCCUCAACCCUUACUACACAUAAGAGAAUUCAUACUGGAGAGAAACCCUACAAAUGUGAAGAAUGUGGCAAAGCUUUUAGCAAGUCCUCAAACCUUACUACACAUAAGAGAAUUCAUACUGGAGAGAAACCCUACAAAUGUGAAGAAUGUGGCAAAGCCUUUAACCAGUCCUCAAACCUUACUACACACAAGAGAAAUCAUACUGGAGAGAAACCCUACAAGUGUGAAGAAUGUGGCAAAGCCUUUAACGACUCCUUUAUUCUUAACAGACAUAAGAUGAUUCAUACUGGAGAGAAACUCUACAAACCUGAAAGUUGUAACAAUGCUUGUGACAACAUCGCAAAUAUUUCCAAACAUAAAAGAAAGUGUGCUGGUGAGAAAUCAUAG